AUGGCGCCCGACAAGGCUUGUGGAGCAGCUGUGAACCUACUAAACUGUGCCGGUAUAAGAAGGCGCUCUGCCCCUGCUCUUGCCUUCGUCCCUCUUGAUAUGUUCAACCCCCUAUUCGCACCGCCAUUUCUUAACAAGCGCAAAAUGCAGACUAUUCCCAACAUCGAUUAUUUUCUCAACGACGCUGAUCGCGAAAUCCAGGUCCAACAUGAUUCGGUCAUAGAUGGUGCUUUCAACAUGAAGAGGAAGUUCUCUUCACUGUUAACGCAGACGCGGCAAUUGAAGACGAUGAUGCUGGCCAAACAGGCUGAACUAGAUCGCUACAUCGCUCAGUAUGGACCCCACCGGCCAGACCUCAAAGCAUCGCCGAAGGUAUUCGGAAAAAGCUCCGACAGCAAACCCACAUAUUGCGACAGUGUGGGAACGAGAACAGGCUGCUACGCAUCCGGAAUCAAGAACUGGGCAAUGAUUUGGAAGCUGCGCACAAGGAAUUGGAAAAGGUCGAUCACUUGCGGUGCAGCAUCUGUAUUGUGGCGUUCAAGAAUGCCGUGGUUCCGUGCGGUCACGUUGCCUGCAGGGAAUGCUUAG